UUCGCGUUUCGAAAUUCGCUAAUUUUGGAUAAAACAACGGUUUAUUAGUUUAUAGGUAACCACAAACCAUGAGUUCUCGUGACGUUAAUUCUAAAAAACUGAGUCGGCCAACAGUUAACAUCGCAAUUCAUCCGGGAAGCGCUAAUCUUCCGUCUGGAUCUGCCGCUGGAGGAACCAUUAAUAACAUGAAUGCUCUCAAUGGACUGGAUGCCACUGCAGGAGACUACGUGCCGAUUUUUUUUGAAGAAAUAUCUCAGAUAAUGCGUGGUUACGGAGAUUGUGAAAAACCUUUGCGAGAAUCUGUCAUAUUGGUGGAAAAAAUAGUGCUACAUCAAUUACGAGGAAUAAUGCAAGACGCUAUCGACCAUGCCAUGUGUCGGCAGAAUUCACCGGUUUUGUCUAGAAGAGAUUUUGAGUAUAUAAUGCGAAAAAAUCCAGUAAGGGUUGCAAGAUUGCAAAAAUACUUUAGAGAUAUGGCUUUCGUGAAGAAGAAAAUGAAGGAUUUAUACGGGGACCGUUUUUCUCAAUUGGGUGAUCUUGGAUCUAAUCUGGAAGAAUCGGACGAAGACUCGGAUCGUGACGUCGCAGAAAAAUUCGAUGAAGAAAAAGUGCGUCGACUUUUCCGUGCUGACCGCAUUUCGCAAAUUUUAGCUGGUAAACAGUAUGAAGAAUUUAAUCUUGCUAGAAGAACAUCUUUUAUGCAUCGUAAUACUAAUACAAUGAAAAAUAGAAUGAGAGCAUGGCUAAACUUCCCGGAAGAUGUUAUCAUCUCGCAGAGUUGUUUACUGACAUUAUCCUAUUUGGCGCACGAAACAAUUGCAGUGUUGGUGGACUUCUGUAUUUUAACAAGACUGAAUUCGGCCAAUAGAUCUGUAGAUCCGUACAGUCGAGUAACUUCAUCUGGAACAUCACAUUCAAUGCUUCAUUUGUGUCCAGAAGUGACACACGGACGCGGUGUUGACGGUGUAAAGCCAAUCACGCCGCAAGAAAUUCAUGAAGCAAUGCGAAGACAUCGCCAAAUGGCUACCCAAAGCAUGGGUCAUUUUCGGAACAAUGCUCUUAAUUGUAAAACUCCUUAUCUUGCGAUGUAAAAAAUUGCAUAAUCCCGUUUAACAGAAUCCAAGCAUUUCGAGGUGGUUUUAUUUUUGUUAUACUAUACCAAAAGGAAACGUAAU